AUGAUCAGCAUAGAAAACAACGUAAUCUGGGCACCAUUAAUACCCUCCCCUCUUUGCUUUCUUCACUUUAAUUCCCUCGAUCGAUCUCCACAUCCUCAACACACCACCGGUCGUCGUCGCCGGAGAAUCAUAUCGUAUCUGCACGGAAAAAAAGCAAAGCAAAUUGGCCGGAAAAAAUGGAGGAAAACCUCCCCCCUGGGUUUAGGUUCCAUCCCACAGACGAAGAGCUGAUAACGUAUUACCUCGGUAACAAGGUUUCCGACUUUGGUUUCUCUCCCAUAGCAAUUGCCGAUGUUGAUCUCAAUAAGUGCGAACCUUGGGACCUCCCAGGCAAAGCAUCGAUGGGGGAGAAAGAAUGGUACUUCUUCAGCCUGAGGGACCGGAAGUAUCCGACGGGGCUUCGGACAAACCGGGCGACGGAAGCCGGGUAUUGGAAGACGACCGGCAAAGACAAAGAGAUCUUCCGCGGCGGUGUGCAACUGGUGGGGAUGAAGAAGACGCUGGUUUUUUACAGAGGGAGGGCUCCAAAGGGGGAGAAGACCAACUGGGUUAUGCAUGAAUAUAGACUUGAAUCUAAGCAUGGCUUCAAACCCACCAAGGAGGAAUGGGUGGUUUGUAGAGUGUUCCAAAAGUGCAAUACAAUAAUGAAGAAACCACAGGCAACAUCAGCAUCUUCUCCACAAUCCCUAGAUGAGUCUCCUUGUGACACCAACACCACCAUAGCCAACGAAUUGGGAGACAUUGAGCUACCAAACUUCAACACUACAAUAAUGCCAUCUCCAUCAAAUGGGAUCAUCAACAACAUUUCUUUGCAAACCUACAACAACAAUGAGGGCAUGAACAUGAACAUGAACAAUCUCAACAUGAACAAUACUCUUCCCCUACUCUCUUGGCCACCAUCAACCUCCUUGCUCAGCUCAAACCUCUCAUCGGUCAACUCUUUACUCUUUAGAGCAUUGCAGCUUAGAGGCCAAGGUCACCAUCAAGCUGCUAUAAGCACAAGUGAUUACACCGGCUAUAAUAACAUGCCACAAUUUGGUAAUGAUUUGAUUAACUCUAAUGACUUCACCCCAACUUCUACUUCCUCUAUGGUUUUAGAUUCUGCCAAUAAUCAUCAACAGCAGCAGCAAAACCCACAGGACUCCCACAUCUGGUGAAUAUCAGGACUUAGCUAACAGCUUGUAAAGAAGUGCGCUAGAAAGAUUUAUUUUAGUGUAUCGAUCUUCCGAUCGAUCCAUGGAGAUUUGGCCAAGAAAAGGAGUAAGUACAGCACCCUGUCAAUAUUGUAUCUUAGGGUAUGUCAAAGUUCACACAAAACAAUAAGCUCGAUCGAAUAAUUAUAUAUAUUGUUGGUUUUAAGAUUAUUAUGUUUUCUAGUACUGUAACAGUCAUCAACCAAGUAACUGUGGUUAUUGACUUGGGAAAAUCCCUAGUCUUUUUAAUUUGUUGUAUAUUUUGUCUUUCAUUCA